AUGAAGACUUCCCUCCUCGUCGAGUUUUUCUACAGCGCACUGGUGGUGUCAGCCUGGCCCUCGCUGGCCCUUCCCAAAGCAGCACCAGCAACUAUAGGAGAAGGCUUCGCUUUUGCCAAUCCCGUCGGGCCUACAACUGGUGGUGGAGGGCGAGCGAUAGUCGUGACCACCAACAAAGAACUUCUCGAAGCAGUCCGUGGCAGCAGCCCCAAGAUCAUUCACCUCAAAGGCGAUUUCACGCCUGCCGCACGCCUCAAAGUCGGUUCGAACACAUCUCUUUUGGGCAUUGGAAAGGGCGCCAAUCUUGUCGGGAAGGGCAUCGACAUCACGAACUCGACCAAUGUCAUUGUCCGCAACAUCGCCAUCCGCUUCGUUGAAGGCGGCGACUGCAUCACGAUCCAAAACUCCACCCGAGUAUGGGUCGACCACUGUGAGUUCGAAAGUAAAUUCAGUUCUGAACUCGGCCCAGACUUCUACGACGGCCAAAUCGACAUCGUCCGCGCCUCCGACUGGAUCACCAUCUCCCACAACUUCUUCCACAACCACUGGAAAUCCUCUUUAGUCGGCAACUCCGAUAUCUUUCGCUCCGUCGACGAAGGCCACCUCCACAUCACCUACCACCACAACCACUGGUCCAACAUCGGCACCCGUGGUCCGGCGGGCCGUUUCGGACACCAGCACAUCUACAAUAAUCUGUACGAGGAUUUUCAGUAUCAGGCUAUCCACUCCAGGAGUGAUAAUCAGGUUCUGGUCGAGGGAAAUGUGUUUCGUGGGAGGACGAGGGAGGCUUUGAGUACGUACGGAUUGGUUGUGCCGGAGGAUAGUCCGAACAGUUGUGUUUGUGGGGAUGAGGAGCUGGAUGGGUUUGCGAAUUUGGGCGCUGAGAACGAUUUCGGAAGUGCAGGCGUCAACAUUACUCGAGUUGGCAACUUCACGAGCGUGGAUUACGGAUACAAGUUAACGAGGCUGCACGAGGUGGAGGAAUACGUGAGGAAGAACGCUGGGAUUGGUAAGGUCCGCGUUUGUUGA